AGCAACAACACUUGGCAACCCGGUUGGAGGAAUCAUCGUUGUGAGCUCAGUCAGCUCUCUCUGAGAGACAGACAGCGUGGAAAGAUGGUGCUCGACCUGGACCAGUUUCGCACCGACAAAGGUGGCGAUCCAGAAAUCAUCCGUGAGACACAAAGGAAGAGGUUUAAAGAUGUAACCCUCGUCGAUAAACUGGUCGCCGCAGAUACAGAGUGGAGAAAAUGCCGCUUCACUGCAGACAACCUGAACAAAGCUAAGAAUCUUUGCAGCAAGAGCAUUGGAGAGAGAAUGAAGAGGAAGGAACCAGUUGGGGAGGAUGAAUCUCUACCUGAGGAAGCACAGAACGUGGAGUCCCUAACAGCUGAAACCCUAGCGCCCCUGACGGUAACCCAGAUCAAGAAGGUGCGUUUGUUAGUGGACGAGGCGGUGGAGAAAUGUGACAGUGAGAGGAUAAAGCUGGAGGCGGAGCGCUUCGAAUACCUGAGGGAGAUCGGCAACCUCCUGCACCCAUCCGUACCCAUCAGCAAUGACGAGGAUGCAGACAACAAGGUGGAGCGUACCUGGGGCGACUGCAGCGUCCAGAAGAAGUACUCCCAUGUGGAUUUGGUGGUCAUGAUCGACGGCUUCGAUGGAGAGAGGGGAGCUGUUGUGGCUGGGAGCAGAGGUUACUUUCUGAAGGGGCCGCUGGUGUUCCUGGAGCAGGCUCUGAUCACUUACGCCUUAAGGAUCCUCCACAGCAAGAACUACACCAUGCUCUACACACCCUUCUUCAUGAGGAAAGAGGUCAUGCAGGAAGUCGCCCAGCUCAGCCAGUUUGACGAAGAGCUUUACAAGGUCAUCGGUAAGAGCAGCGAGAAGUCGGACGACAACUCCAUAGACGAGAAGUACCUCAUCGCCACCUCGGAGCAGCCCAUCGCAGCCUUCCUGAGGGACGAGUGGCUCAAACCCGAGGACCUGCCCAUCCGCUACGCGGGCUUCUCCACCUGCUUCAGACAGGAAGUGGGCUCCCAUGGCCGAGACACCCGCGGGAUCUUCAGGGUGCACCAGUUUGAGAAGAUUGAGCAGUUCAUCUAUGCCUCCCCACAUGACGGCAAAUCUUGGGAGAUGUUUGAUGAGAUGAUCGGGACGGCAGAAGAGUUCUACCAGUCACUUGGAAUUCCCUAUCGCAUCGUCAACAUCGUCUCUGGUGCCCUAAAUCACGCGGCAAGUAAGAAGCUGGAUCUGGAGGCCUGGUUCCCUGGCUCUGGGGCCUUCAGAGAGCUGGUCUCCUGCUCAAACUGCACCGACUACCAGGCCAGGCGCCUCCGCAUCCGCUACGGACAGACCAAGAAGAUGAUGGACAAGGCUGAGUUUGUGCACAUGUUGAACGCAACCAUGUGCGCCACCACGCGUGUGAUGUGUGCCAUCCUGGAGAAUUACCAAACCGAGGAAGGCAUCGUUAUUCCAGAGAUGCUCAGGCCAUUCAUGCCUCCUGGUUUGACAGAGAUCAUUAAGUUCGUCAAGCCCGCACCUAUCGAUCAGGAGAUGUCGAAGAAAGCAAAGAAACAGCAGGAUGGAGGUGGGAAGAAGAAGAAGCAGGGAGGAGGAGGAGACCAGAACCUGCCCAACGCCAUGGAGACCAUGUCCGUCAACGACUCCUAGGACUGCAGCACACGACAACCGUGUCGCCGCACCAACCGCGCAGAUAGACGCUGAUGGAAUAGAGUCUCGUGUGUAUUGCGUUAUUAAUCUUAUCCAUUAAAAUGAAGAGUAGCUCUAUCGCA